AUGGACAAAGUCUUCGCCAAACAGAUUGGCAGGAAUAUUGAGGUCUAUAUCGACGAUAUGGUUGCCAAGACCAAAUUCGGCAACAAUUACCUUGAUGACCUCGCAGAAAUCUUCGGACAACUAAGAAAAUAUAACAUGUGGUUAAAUCCCGAAAAGUGCGUAUUUGGCGUCCAGGGCGGCAAAUUCCUCGGCUUCAUGCUCACUAGCCGAGAUCAUCCUUUACACCAAGUCCUUCAGAAACCAGAGCUGGCUGGUCGACUAGUAAAAUGGUCGGUUGAACUUUCGGAAUUUGAUAUCAAAUACGAAGGCCGAACAUCUAUCAAAUCCCAAGUCUUAGCCGACUUCAUCGCUGAGUUCUCAGUACCAGACACAGCUGAGGACUACAUCGAAUGGUCCUUUGGUGCAUGA